AGGAUACUCAAACAUUUCAGACUCUGACUGCAGUGAGGUGAUUGCAGCAGCUGGUGCUGUGUGAAAACCCAAUUAGACGGGCAGUGGAGCAUUUUUUCGAAGGACAUUUGAAGACUUAAAUAUCUCUAAUAUAAAUUCAGAAAUGUAUCUGAGAACUUACAGGAAGUGGCAGAGUUUCACUGUGCAGAGCAAGAGAGAUACCACAGACCUGGCUCUGAAGAUGGACGUGACAAUGAAACACUUUGAGAGGAGAUGCCAGCGGACUGCAGUCACCAAAUGGUUGAAGUGGGUAAAAUUACACAAGAAGAAACAGGCCGCUGCUGUUGAGAAACUGGAGGGACUUGUAAACGCUGGUCGCCUUAAACGCAUCAUAACUGCAUGGCAUAAUGUUUCAGCGGAGUCAAAGAGAACAAAAGAAUACUUUAAGAAGUUGGAUAUGGGUUUGUUGGAAAUCUGCAACAGAGACCACCAGAUUAGAGAAGAAUGUGACAGACUCUCCAUGCUCCCUAGCAGCGUCUCAUUGAAGAUCUUUCAGUAUGUAGAAUUGCGAGACAGGUUGAAUUGUGCUGAGGUUUGUUGUGCAUGGAAAACUAUCAUCCAAUCCAGCAAACUGUGGAGUCAGAUCAAUUUCUCUGUAGAGAAACACUGGACAACCGACAGCACAAUGAAACAAGUUCUGCAGAACUACCGACCAUUUGUGAUCUAUCUUAACCUGCGAGGCUGCACAUCACUGACAUGGCCCAGCUUUAAAUGCAUCAGUGAAUGCAGAAAUCUCCAGGAGCUCAAUGUAUCAGAGUGUUUUAAUGUCACAGAUACAAUGGUUCAGGAAAUUGUCGAAGGCUGCCCCAGCCUGCUCUACUUGAACCUUUCCUGCACACUUGUUACAGACAAAGCUCUCAGAGAACUGUCCAGAAACUGUCUCAACCUUCAAUACCUGAGUCUGGCCUACUGCUACAGAUUCACAGACAAAGGAUUUAUGUACCUGACCACAGGGAAGGGCUGCCACAGUCUCAUCCACCUCAAUCUGUCCGGCUGCACUCAGAUGACUGUAAACGGGUUCAAAUACCUUUCAGCUGGAUGCCCUUCACUUAGAGAAGUUGUGAUUGAUGACAUGCCCACACUGUCCGAUAACUGUGUCCUGGCACUACUUGCCAGAUGUCGCUGUCUAUCUGCCAUUUCUCUUCUGGAUGCUCAUCAUCUUUCCGACAUCGCGUUUAUAGCCAUCAGUGAAGCAGCCACGCUGAAGACUCUCAGUACAGAGGGGAACUCCCAGCUCUCAGACGUCAGCUGGGAGGCUCUGUGCAGCAGCUCACAAGGCCUCCACAGACUCCACGCCGCACAAUGUCCUAGAAUGACUGACACCAGCCUUAAGUCUGUGGCCACCCUCAAGAACCUGCAGUACCUGGACAUCUCGCUUUGCAACAAGGUGAGUGAUGCUGGGAUCAAAUAUUUGACUAUAGGCUCCUCAGUCGCCAAAUUGCGAGAGCUGAACGUCAGUCACUGCCGGCUCCUCACCGACAUCUCUGUCAUGAGGAUCGCACAAAGGUUGUGUAAACUCUCCCACCUCAACUUGAGUUACUGUGUGAAACUGACCGACGCGAGUCUGGAGUGGCUGAGUGGCAGCUCGAUCUGCUCUCUUGACCUCAGCGGUUGCAACAUCCAGGAUCAGGGGCUGGCUGCCAUCGAGGACAUUAGCCUGAGGAAGUUAGUCCUUGCAGAGUGUGUCAACAUCACAGAUAUUGGCAUCGAGAAGCUGUGCAGGAACAUGAGAGAUCUGGAACGUGUUGAUGUGUCUCACUGCGUCGCUCUGUCUGACCUGGCCAUUAGAGCCAUUUCAUUCUACUGCAGGAGUCUAGUCACACUGCGGAUGUCAGGCUGUCCCAAGAUGACAGACAUGGCGAUGCAGUAUCUGACAAGUGGAUCUCAGUACCUGCGAGAGCUGGAUGUGAGCGGCUGCGUUCUUCUCACCGAUCGCACGCUACGACUCAUAGAAAGGAUCUGUCCCCCGCUCUGCUCCGUCACGAUGACCUGCUGCAGCAACAUCUCCAAGGCGGCCGCCUUAAAGCUGCAGCCUCGUGUGAAACACUGGGAGCACAGCAACGACUUCUCUCCAUACAGGACUGGAAGCAACACAGGCAAAGUUCUGCAUCCAGUAACAAGACCCAUCAAGACUGAGAACACCUGGGAAGUGGUGGAGCACUCAGUGAUCACAAGAGCAGCGGGUACAGAGAGGAUAUAAACAGAUCUCUAUUAGUGCUUUAUAAAAAGAGAGCCUCACGUAGCCUCACUGUCAAUCAAACCACAGCGGCAGCACUCCAUCGUAUAUUUGUGAAAGAAGCAUUUUCUACAAACCAACAUUGGAGAUAAUCAUUCAAAUGUUAUCAGCUUCACCUUCUGUGAGUUUAUCAUUUCUGUCUGGAUACAAUCUCAGACAUAGCACUACAUCUGCCGCCUCCCUGACACAUUAUACUUCAUCAGCUCCUCACAUUGGAAUGCUUUACUCUGCGGUCUUGAGUUUCAUCCUGCAGAUGACAGUUUGUCUUCCACGUAAAUACUUCACAGACUCUUUGAUGCUUUUCUAUGUUUUUACAUGACUGUUUUGCCUCAGGCGUCAUUUUUCCUUGUAGGAUAUGAUAUACUUCUCUCAUUGGAAUACAGCUAAUUUAUUUUAUAUGCAUGCAUUUCGUUUGCUCCACAUAUAUUUUGUUCAGCCAGCCAUCACAAAUCUCCGUGUCAAUUGUAACAACUAAGUGGAUGUAGUUUUUAAAAAAAAGCUUACCUACAUCAUUUUAGCAUCAUAUUCACUGUACAUCUUAGCUGGUGAUAUUGAUCUGUGUCAGUCUAACCAUAUUACAGAUUGACAAACUUAGUAUAAAAUGCUCUUGUUAAAAGAAACAUAGUGAUGAAACACAUACAAUCUACAGUUGAGCUGUAGCCACAAUUCAGAAAUCACUAGACUUAAUGAUUUAAUGAUAGAACUAUUUAUUACAGAUGAUCCAAAGUGUGAAUGCAGUGUGGUGGCGAUGCUGCGGUGGCCAGUGCAUUCAGCCAUAUUAAGGUGUUAAGACAUGACUAUUGUUGAUAUAAAAUAAUUUGUGUAGCUUUAUACUUUGUUGUUGCAAAACUUUAUCAUUGUUAAUUUGUAACAUUUCAGAGCUUGUUAAAUAUAUUUCAAAUCUUUGUAAUUGUUUUUCCAGCGAAUGUGUUUGUGUACACAUUAUUGUUCCCGUUCCCUUUAAAACAGUUUUGUUAUUUAUGCUUAUUAAAUUAAAAUAAUGCAUUUUUAAUUUACAACCUUGAUGUCUUGCUUUGCACUUGAUUUUAUUUCUACUGUUUAACAGUGUGUGGAUUUGUUUCAUGUGAAAACUAAGAUGAACUGAGAUGAAGCUCAUUAUAGUUGAAUAGUUCAUUUGAGGCACUAGCAUGACGCUCUUUUGGGAUGUGCAAAGAGGAUUUUAGGAAAUAUGUUUAAAGAUAUAAAUAUGAAUUGUUAAGAUAAACAUUUUGUAUUUAUU